AUGGACCGUCCCCAAUCCCGCCUCCAGGCAUCGCCUUGGGAGCUUGUUCUAUUUUUCCACGACGCCCAUAGCGGCCUCUAUUGGCUGCUGUACCACGUUGCCCAACGCUGGCUGCACUCGGAACCCUCUCUCGUCGCGUCCGUCUUUGUGCGCCCUCGAGCGUCCCAGCACUGCAACCCCAGGACAAUGGUAACAUGGCAGAUUGGGUUUCAGCCUCCCACUCUGCCAUUCCAUCCCCUCCCGUCCUAUCCCACCCCAUCGCUUCCUUUCACCGGGGCCUCUGCGGCCCUUCCAGACGACCAUGCCAGCCGCUGCCUAAAGUGCCCCUCUCGCUCCGGGCCAAGAGCGUGCUUCAGGAAAAGCACUGCGUUCCAGAACACCUGGGGCGCCGCAGAUACGAAGCGCUGGGCACGGCGUCUUGCGGCCAUCCACGCAUCGUGGAAUACGCCACCCAAGCCCUUGGCACAACGCCCUCUCGCGGAACGGCAUGCAGAGGUGCAGCAUCCUCCUCCACAUCCUCCUUCAACCGGCAGCACGCAAGCUUUCGUGGUUGCGCCCGCGGCUGUGUGCAACGAGCCGCCCCAUGUCACCACCGCUCUGCUCGCUCUGCGCCGUACAGUCUGUCAUGUUUCGGCUGGUCGCAGUCUGUACGCGGCGGCGGAGAGCUGUUUCCAUCCCUCCCGUCCGCUCCGCUGCCCUCCAGUCUGGGGAUUUAUCAUCACGCGCGGGGUAGACGCUUGGCCCCCCGGCCUGGGGAGCCUCCCGAGGUCGAUUGCGCUUCCACCACCUGCGCUGCCAACUCCCGCCAGCCCUCUCCGGCUCAUUUGCACCAGCGCGCUGACAGCGCCCAGACUCUUCGCGUCUCUUCGCGUCUCUUCGCGUCGGGUAAAAGGAGCUGCUGUUUGCCCUGCAAUUCGUCGCAUGCCGACCAUGGCGUCUGCAUCCGCCCAACGCGCUCGUCCCUUCCUUUCUUCCGUGCGCCCCUGCGCUUGCAGGACCCUUACCUCGCCCCAGCUGCACUGUGCUACUGAAAUUGCCGUCCACCGCUAUGUGCGACGACCUGUCGACCUGGAUUGCGGAUUCGCUGCCUCUCCGCACGUGGCUAACCUGUGUCGUAACUCGGUUUCUGGCUGCCCCGGAUACCGCAAACCAAGCCCCCUCCAAGCCUGCCCAGGAACACCACCAAGAUCCGCCAUGUGCCGGUCGCGUGGCCCUCAGAUCUCUGCAACUGUCCCAUCAGCCGACGUUGACGAUAGACGUUAG